AUGGAGGUUGCGGAAACUAAAAGGUUAAAACAUUACAAUAACAAAGAAAAAAUACUUCUGGUCGGAGAAGGAGACUUCUCCUUUUCUCUGUCUCUUGCUGGAGCCUUUGGUUCUGCUUCUAACCUCACUGCAACCACUCUCGAUACUCGAGAGGAGCUAGAGCGUAAGUACAAGAACGGGAAAUCGAAUAUAGAAGAGUUGGAGAGACUCGGGUGCAGUGUGUUGUAUGGAGUUAACGUACACUCCAUGACCACAAAGCAUAAUCUUGGUGGUUCUGCGAUAUAUGAUCGAGUCAUCUUCAAUUUCCCUCACGCGGGGUUCGACUAUGGUCGUUAUCCGGUUGGGUUUAAAACCAUUUCAAUUUGUGAUUUCGAUUUUGGUUGUUGUAUUGAAUAUGUAUCCGGAUUUAGGAGACAUCAAGAGCUUGUGAGAGGGUUUAUGAAAAGUGCAAGAAUGUUGGUGAAAGACGAAGAAAAUGGAGGAGAGAUUCAUGUGACUCAUAAGACAGAGUAUCCAUUUAAGGAGUGGAAGUUAAAAGCUCUAGGUGAAAAAGAAGGUUUACAAUUGAUCCGCGAGAUCGAGUUUUGCUUAAAUCAGUAUCCUGGUUAUUCAAACAAGAGAGGAAAUGGAGGUUACAGUGACUCAAGUUUCCCUGUGGGAAAAUCUGCUACUUUCAUGUUUGAAAAACAGUUCUUUUAUUAA